AUGGAUGUUUUAGGUGGACCUAAAAAAGUACUAGUUGAUGGCAAAUAUACUCCAGAUUUUACUCUUAACGAAUAUAUUAGAUCAGUUGCGAAUCUCUACGGAACUAAAGCUAUGUGUUCUGAAGGCGGUUGUGGGGUCUGCGUGGUCAAUGUACGUGUUGCUUUACCACCAACCAAUGAAGUUAAAUCAUUCGCUGUGAAUUCCUGUCUAGUAUCGGUGCUAUCGUGCCACGACUGGGAAAUAACAACAAUAGAAGGUAUUGGUAAUAGCAAGAUUGGCUACCAUGAAAUUCAAAAACGGUUAGCAAAUUUUAAUGGAACUCAAUGUGGAUAUUGCUCACCUGGUUUUAUUAUGAACAUGUAUAGCUUGUAUGAAUCUAAAAAUCACAAACUUACAUCAGAAGAAAUAGAAAACUCAUUUGCUAGUAAUACUUGCCGAUGCACUGGAUUUCGUGCAAUAGCUGACACAUUUAAGUCAUUUGCCCAGGAUGCUGAUGAAAAUCUUUUAAAGCAAAUCGAUUUAGAAGAUUUGGGCUCUGCACAUUCCAAAGUCUGUAAUCAAAAAUGUGAAAAUAAUUUUUGUAAAAGAGUUACCCAAAAUAAAGUAGAAGCUCCAUGGUGUAUCAUCGAAAAGCCAGACAAUAGAAUGUUAACAAUUUAUUCUGAAUCAUACACAUGGCAUAAAGCGUACACUUUAGAAGAUGUGUUUAAAGUUAUACAAAGUGAUAGCAAUUAUAAACUCAUUGCCGGUAAUACUGGUCAAGGAGUUAUUCGAGAAAAACACUACCCGCCAACUUUAAUUGAUAUUUUUCACGUAUCAGAAAUCAAAGAACACUUUAUAGAUGUCAAUUUGAUUUUGGGAGCAGGCAUUUCCUUAACAGAAUUAAUGAGCGUUUUUAAAAAAAUUUCAUCUGAAAACGAAGAUUUUUCAUACUUAAAAGAAUUUUAUGAUCAUAUUGACUUAGUAGCACAUAUUCCCGUUCGCAAUAUUAUGCCUCGAGCGCAAAAUGCACAUGCAAUAAUAAAUGCUGGAUUUCUAUUUAAAUUUCACCAAACUUCACAACUGAUUGAAAAAGCGAGAAUAGUAUAUGGAGGAAUAUCAAAAACAUUUAUCCAUGCUGAGAAAACUGAAGCCAUUUUAGUUGGCAAGAACCCAUACACUAAUGAAACAUUGCAAUUAGCUUUAAAAAACCUAAAAGAAGAGAUAGAACCAGAAGAAAAUAGUCCUGAACCAACAGUUGAAUAUAGAAAAAUGCUAUCAAUAUGUCUUUAUUAUAAGGCUAUGAUUUCUUUAUGCCCAGAGGACCAAAUAAAUCCAAUUUACCGAUCGGGUGCGAAAAUAAUCAAAAGACAAAUAUCAAGGGGCUUUCAAAGGUUUGAAACAGAUAAGAAAGUUUGGCCUUUGAAUCAACCAAUACCUAAAAUUGAAGCGUUGAUACAAUGUUCUGGUGAAGCAGUAUUUGUAAAUGACAUGCCAUCCUUAAGUAAUGAAGUUUUUGGAGCAUUUAUAACGGCUGAUGUAAAUGCAGGAAGUAUAAUUAGUGGGUUUGAUACUACAGAAGCUUUUAAAAUACCUGGUGUACUAGCUUUUUACACAGCAAAAGAUAUACCUGGAAAUAAUACGUUCACACCAAUAAAUGUUCCAAUUAUGAGUGUUGAAGAAGAAAUUUUAUGUUCAGAAAAAGUUAUGUUUUGUGGACAACCAGCUGCCAUUAUAGUGGCUGACAGAGAGAAAACAGCACAAGAUGCUGCAAAUUUAAUUAAAAUUAUUUAUUCUUUUACAAAUACAGACAAACCAUUAUUGACUAUUGACGAUGUACUCAAUUCACCAGAAAUAAAUAAAAGGAUAAUGAAUAAUGAAAUAGUUGAGCCGACUGAAAUUGGAAAUGAUGUUAAGCAUGUUUUAAACGGAAUAUUAAAAUUAAAAGGUCAAAGUCAUUUUUAUAUGGAACCUCAAACGAGUUUUGUGAUACCAACUGAAGAUGGCUUAGAAGUUAACGCAUCAGUACAGUGGCUAGAUUUGGCCGCAGUUGCAGUUGCUCAAAGUCUUAAUAUACCUAUAAACCAAGUAAACGUAAAGGUUCGUAGGGUUGGUGGAGGAUAUGGAGGAAAGAUAUCUCGAGCCUGUCAAGUCGCUUGUGCUGCAGCUUUAGUGACACAUUUACAAAAGAAACCCUGCCGAUUUAUAUUGCCUUUGAUAACCAAUAUGAAAUCUAUAGGAAAGCGUCUGCCUAUUAAUAGUAAAUUUGAAGUUGGAGUAAAUGACGAAGGUGUAAUUCAAUAUUUAAAGAAUGUUUUCUAUCAAGAUUGUGGAUAUUCAUUUAAUGAAAUUAUAGCAGCUAGAACAGUCAAGCAUUUCUACAGUUGUUAUGACAAUAAAAGAUGGCGAGUAGAAGCAAAUAGUCUCAUCACUGACACUGCAUCUAAUACAUAUUGCCGAUCACCAUCAUCAGCAGAAGCAGUGGCUAUGAUAGAAAAUAUUAUGGAGUUCAUUGCUUUUAAUCUUAAAAUAGACCCUAUAGAUGUAAGACUUUCGAAUAUGGUAAAAGAAAAUAAUCCAAUCCCAGAAAUGAUAAACCAAUUAAAAAUUGAUUCUGAAUAUGAGUUACGUUCUAACGAAGUAAAAUUAUUCAAUGUACAAAAUAGAUGGAGGAAAAGAGCUUUAAAAAUGUUACCAAUGGCGUUUGAAAUAUAUUAUUUUGGAAAUUUUAAUUCGGUGAUUUCGAUAUUUCACGGAGAUGGAUCAGUAGUUAUACAUCAUGGUGGUAUAGCAAUGGGUCAAGGGUUGAAUACCAAAGUGGCUCAAGUAUGUGCGUAUAAGUUGGGAGUACCACUAAAUAAAAUAAGUGUUAAAGGAACUUCGAGUUUUCUCUCGCCUAACACAAUGGUUACUGGAGCUAGUAUCGGCAGUGAAUGUGUCGCUUUCGCUACUAUAAAAGCUUGUGAUAUUCUCUUAGAAAGGUUAGCACCAAUAAAAUCAACUGGAGAAUUUACUUGGGAGCAAAUAAUUUCUAAAGCAUUUGAAAGUGGUAUAGAUUUGCAAGCAUCAUACAUGUAUUCAGGAAAUGAUAAUCUAAAGCCAUACAACGUGUGUGCAGUAUGUGCAUUAGAAGUCGAAGUGGAUUUGUUGACAGGUAAUAGUGAAAUUAAAAGAUUAGAUUUGCUUGAAGAUACUGGACGCAGUUUGAGUCCCAUUAUUGAUGUUGGACAGAUCGAAGGUGCUUUUAUGAUGGGGCUUGGAUACUGGACAUCAGAAAAUCUUGUCUAUGAUCAAAACAACGGAGAACUUUUGACAAAUCGAACUUGGAAUUACAAACCACCGGGCAUAAAAGAUAUACCUGCCGAUAUGAGAAUAUAUUUUAGAAAAAACUCUAGUAAUGAAUUCGGUGUGCUUCAAUCUAAAGCCGAUGGAAAGUACAGUCCAGAUGUUUCAUUAAAUGAGUUUAUAAGAACAGUAGCCGAUCUUCGAGGCACUAAAUCCAUGUGUCAAGAGGGUGGAUGUGGCGCUUGCAUAGUUACGGUUCAAACAUCACUACCACCUACCAAUGAAGUCAAGAUGUUUGCUGUCAAUUCUUGUCUAGUAUCGGUAUUUUCAUGCCAAGGUUGGGAAAUAACGACUGUGGAAGGUAUUGGAAAUAGAACAAUUGGCUAUCACGAAAUUCAAAGUAGAUUGGCGAAGUUUAAUGGCACCCAAUGUGGGUAUUGUACGCCUGGAUGGGUUAUGAACAUGUACAGUUUAUAUACUUCGAAGAACAAACAAUUAACUAUGGAGGAAAUAGAAAAUUCAUUUGCCGGUAAUAUAUGUAGAUGUACAGGCUAUCGACCAAUAGCCGAUGCUUUUAAAAGUCUUGCCACAAAUGCAGAUAAGGAUUUACUUAAGAAGUUACAUGAUAUCGAAGAUAUUGGAACUUUUAAGAGUUGUGGAAUAAAAUGUAAUAAAAAUUGUAAGCACAAAAAUGAAGAUGAUAAAGAUAAUUUUGACUUAGAAAAUAAAAACGAGUGGUGUAUUUUGGAAAAAGAAAACAAUAAAAUGAUCGAAAUAGUUAGCAGUAGUCAUAAAUGGUACAAAGUUUAUAACCUGGUUGAUGUAUUUAAAGCAAUAGCUCUAUGUGAAGACUAUAAAUUAGUAGCUGGCAAUACUGGACAAGGUGUUUAUCACAUCGUUGGAUAUCCGAAAAGUGUGAUCGAUAUUUUUAAUGUGUCCGACAUUAAAGGUUACACAAUAGAUGUUAACUUAAUAAUGGGUGCUGGAAUGUCUUUAUCAGAAAUGAUGGAACUUUUUCUCAAAUUAUCUUCUGAAAAUGAGGAUUUCGCCUAUCUAAAAGAGUUUUACGAUCACAUGGACCUUGUAGCCCAUUAUCCAGUGAGAAAUAUUGGUACAAUUGGCGGAAAUUUAUACAUGAAGUUCAUGAAUAAUGAGUUUCCGUCUGACCUUUUCCUACUUUUCGAAACUGUCGGAGCUAUGAUAACUAUUGUUUCGGCCCCAAAUGUAGGUACUACUAUAAAAUUAUUGGAUUUUCUAAAUGUUGACAUGAAAAAUAAAAUCAUUGUUAAUGUUAUCCUACCCCCUUUAUCUCGCUCUUGCAAGGUCAAAACUUUUAAGGUAAUGCCUCGAUCACAGAACGCUCAUGCUAUCAUUAACGCAGGAUUUCUAUUUAAAUUUAAGAAAAAUGAGCAAAUACUUGAAAAGUUGACCAUAGUUUAUGGCAACGUUAAUCCAAAAUUUGUUCAUGCUACAAAAACUGAAGAGGCGUUGAUUAAUAAAGACCCUUUCACCGAUGAUGUACUACAAUUAGCUCUCAAAACUUUAUCUUCAGAAAUAAAUCCCGAUGAGGCACCACCAGAACCAUCUCCAGAAUAUAGAAAAUUAUUAGCUUUGGCUCUUUAUUAUAAGGCUAUUUUAAAUUUAUGUCCCGAUAAAAAAUUGGAUAAAAAGUAUCGAUCAGGUGGAGAAAUCAUAAAACGCCACAUAUCAAAGGGACUCCAAGUUUAUGAUACGGACCAAAGCGUUUGGCCAGUGAAUAAACCUAUUCCGAAAUUGGAGGCUUUAGUUCAAUGCAGUGGCGAGGCCACGUUUGCAAAUGACUUGCCAACACAAAUAAAUGAAGUCUUUGGUGCCUUUGUUACAGCUGAUGUUAACGCUGGAAGUGUUAUUGAUGGAUUUGAUACUACAGACGCUUUUAAAAUACCUGGCGUAGUAGCAUUUUAUACAGCAAAAGAUAUACCUGGAAUUAAUAAUUUUACACCAAAAAAUAUACCUAUCAUAGAAUUUGUAGAAGAGAUACUAUGUUCAAGUGAAGUAAAAUUCAAUGGGCAAGCUGUAGGUAUUAUCGUAGCAAAUAGAGAAAAAGUGGCAAAUAACGCUGCUAAGCUUGUUAAAGUAAAUUAUAAAACAGCUUCUACAAAAACUCCUCUUAUAAGCAUUGAAGACGUUUUAAUGUCUUCAGAAGGCCAUAGAAUAAAUACAGAUAAAAUAAUUGAACCUACAGAUAUAGGUAACGAUGUGAAACUGGUAAUAAAUGAUGAAAUAUCAUAUGACGCACAAUAUCAUUAUUACAUGGAACCUCAAACCUGUGUGGUGAAACCAACCGAAGAUGGUUACGAAGUGUAUAGUGCGACUCAAUGGCUUGACUUAACUAAUGUCGCUGUUGCGCAGUGCUUAAAUGUUCCUGUAAAUAGCAUAAACGUAAUCGUUCGUAGAGUCGGAGGUGGAUAUGGAGGAAAAAUAACAAGAUGUACACAAAUUGCUUGUGCUGCGGCGAUUGUUGCGUGCAUACAAGGAAAACCUUGUAGAUUUGUAUUACCUUUACAAACCAACAUGAAAGUUAUUGGAAAAAGAGCUCCAACUUACUGUAAAUUAGAAUUUGCUGUAAAUGAAGUAGGUGAGAUCCAAUAUCUAAAGAACAAAUAUUACCAAGAUAACGGCUGCUCUAAAAACGAAACUACUACCAUAAUGACUCUGAGACAUAUGCCUAACUGUUAUAGUUCGAAAAGAUGGCAUAUUGAAGCACACAGCGUACUCACAGAUACACCAUCAACGACGUGGUGUAGAGCUCCUGCUUCAUGUGAGGGUAUUGCAAUGACUGAGUAUAUAAUGGAAAGAAUAGCUCAUGAUUUAGGCAAAGAUCCUUUAGAAGUGCGACUGCAAAAUAUGACGAAAGAAAACAACCCAAUCCCAGAACUAAUAGAAGAAUUAAAAAAGAAUGCUGAUUAUGAUAAUAGACAAAGUAUUGUUGAAGACUUCAAUAAAAACAAUUAUUGGAGAAAACGGGCCAUAAAAGUAAUGCCUAUGACAUACGACCUACUUUAUAUAGGCCCAUAUAGUUGUAUAGUGUCAAUAUAUCAUGCGGACGGCACAGUCGUUGUAACUCAUGGUGCAAUAGAAAUGGGACAAGGGAUUAAUACAAAAGUCACUCAAGUAUGUGCCUAUAUUCUCGGAAUUCCUAUAGAAAAAAUAAGUGUUAAACCAAGUUCCAGUUUUACAUCACCAAAUAAUAUGGCCACAGGGGGUAGCGUUGGUAGUGAAUGUGUUGCAUACGCGACAAUAAAAGCUUGUGAUAUUUUAAAUGAGAGGCUAAAACCAGUAAAAGAGAAAUUAAAUAAUGCUACGUGGGAAGAUAUUGUCCGAGAAGCUUAUGCUUCAGGAGUAAAUUUGCAAUCCUCAUACAUGUAUUCUCUGAAUGACUCUUUAAAGCCCUAUGUUAUAUACGGCGUGGUAGUGCUAGAGGUGGAAGUUGACAUUCUUACUGGAAAUUACGAUAUAAUACGGGUUGAUUUACUGGAAGAUACUGGGCGGAGUUUGAAUCCAGAAAUUGACGUCGCUCAGAUUGAAGGAGCAUUCGUAAUGGGUCUGGGAUAUUGGACAUCAGAAAAAACAGUAUAUGAUAAAAAUACUGGGGAACUGUUAACUGAUCGGACAUGGACCUAUAAACCACCUGGAAUUAAAGACAUUCCCGCAGAUUUCAGAGUUUAUUUCCGACGAAAUUCGGAUAAUAAAUUUGGUGUUUUACAGUCCAAAGCAACUGGGGAACCAGCUUUCUGUCUUGCCGCAGUGAUAACGCACGCAUUUAGGGACGCCAUUAGAUCAGCUCGUUUAGAUGCUGGAUACGAUGAUAAAUGGAUUAAUAUUGAUAAUCCUUGUACGACUGAGAACAUAUUCAUGGCGGUAGAACAUAAACUGGAAAAUUUCAAAUUGAAA